AUGGACUCCAAACAAGUACCGACAGACGAUGGAGAAGUGAGACACCAACUUCGGAGUCUUGGAGAACCCAUAACGAUAUUUGGUGAGGGUCCGUUCCAAAGAAGAACCAGGUUAAUUCUGGUGCUUGAAAACAGAGCAAACACUAACUUUGACUUUGCAUACAUUGAAGAAGGUAAUAAUGAUGAUGAAAACUAUGUUGAUGAUGAUGAAGAUGACGAUGAUGACGAAUAUUAUACACCCGGACCUCCAGAGCUACUAGAGACAAGAAAAAAAAUUCUACAUUAUUCACUUGAACGGGCAUCAAUUAGAACCACCAACUUAAGACAAGCAUUCAAAUCACAAGAUUUCAUCAAGCAAUUGAAACAUAGACGGCACAUUAACAACCAACUAAAGACGUAUGGCUUGUAUGGAUCACAGGUCAUUCAGGGGAAUACCAGAGCUCUAUCAAGUGUACGUAUCUCUCCAGAUAACACUAAGAUAGCCACUGGGUCUUGGGAUGGAACAUUGUAUGUGCUUAACCCUGAGGAUCUACUCACGACGUAUACGUCUGGACCAGGCCAUCAUAGCGAGAAAGUCAGUGGAAUUGACUGGAAAGAUAAUGAUACGAUUGUUAGUGGAGGCAAUGAAGGUACCAUCAAUAUAUGGAAAUGUGAACCUAACAACAAAAAGCUAACGGUAAUAACAUCGAUCCCACAAGCACAUGAGUCCAGAAUCACCAAGACAUUAUUCCAUCCUAGUGGGGAUAACGUUAUAUCUACGUCAUUUGAUCAAACAUGGAAGAUGUGGGACGUUAAUAGACGAAUUGAUACUUGUUUAGUACAACAAGAGGGUCAUUCAAGGGAAGUGAUGUGUGGAGCAUUCCAUCCUGAUGGUAGUUUAUUUGUAUCAGGAGGUCUAGACUCAAUUGCAAGAAUAUGGGAUCUCCGCUCUGGAAGAAGUAUUGGUAUACUUGAUGGUCAUAUUAAAGGAGUUUACUCUACAGAUUGGUCACCCAAUGGAUAUCAAGUAGCUACGGGAGGUGGCGAUGGGAAUAUAAAGAUCUGGGAUAUAAGAAGACUUGCUCAAAGUAAUAAAGAAUUAUAUCUGAUUCCCGGUCAUACAAAGAUAGUAAGUGAUGUCAGGUUUUACCAUAGAACUGGAGAUGAUCUUCUUUCUUCACCAGUAACCAACGAAGAUGGGGAGAAUCCCGAGACAUUGGACUCUACAGGAACGUUUCUUGUGAGUUCUUCGUUCACAGGAGACGUUAAAGUUUGGUCUAGUGAUAGCUGGACCAAUGUUAAGAGUUUAAAGGGUAAUCACGAUAAGGUUAUGAGUUGUGAUGUUUCCAGUAAUGGUCAAAUGAUAGUUAGUAGUGGAUGGGAUAGAACAGUGAGGAUGUGGAAGGCAUGUAUAUAA